AUGUCGCACGUCCCCUCGGGCCUCUGCGCGCCCCUGGUGGUGGUGCUGACGGUGGCUGCCGCAGUGAGCGCUCAGGCGGCUAAAGCGCCGAAGCCAACAAUCGGCCUGUGCACGCCAGUGCGGGCACUGCUGAAGUCCUGCGCCCUCAAGUCAGCACCAGCCGUGAACCAGUUCUGCAGUGAGCUGCUGGCAUCCCCCAACGCCACAGCAGACAGCCAGGAUCCCUCCACCAUUCACAUCGGCUGUGGGCUGGCGACAGCCGCACAACUCAGCACCGGCCUGGCUGCCCUGGAGUCAAAGGUCAACGCGUCCAUGAAGGGGCUACCAGUUGCCGCCCAGGUCAAUUCGAGCGCCACAGAUGCGGCCUUGCUCCAGCUGCAGGCGGCCUUGGCGGCACUGCAGGCGCGGCUGGAUGCGUUGAAGCCUCAAGUGGCAUCGGCGAACGCUACUUUGCAGCAGCUGGCUGCCGCCACCAACGCCGAGGUCGCAUUAUUGAAAGCAGCCGAAGAGCAGCUGGCAGCCAAUGCUACUGCAGAAAUUGCUGCCAUCAAGAGCGGGCUGCAGCUGCUGGCAGCCAACACCACGGCCGAAAUCACAUCGCUGCAGGCUGGCCUGAAGGCCAUCAACGUGAGCGACUUCGUCCGGGUCGGCACGCCCAUCAACGCCGCCACCCUUGGCGGCGUGGCCCCGAACGGCUACGUGCGUGUUCCCACACAGGUGGUGCUGUUCGCCCUCCCAGACCGCAAAACUGGCAGCCUCGGGGGCCGCGCCGGCGCCGACGCGCUGUGCCAGUCCGCCACGAGCCGGCCCCCUGGCUACUUGAACGCGCGUGCGUUCCUAUCCUUUUAUGUCGUCGGCAGCGCGACCGGCGACGCCGUAAAGGACAUGCCCACAAACUAUGGCGUCCCCACCAACCUGCCAAUCGUGUCCGCCAACAAUAUCUUGCUCGCCGCCAACUGGGCGGCCCUGCUGAGCGGCUCCCCGCUGAACACAUCGUUUGUCGGCGCCGGCGUUGUGCCUUCGGCACCACCCAACUAUCUUGAAACCUAUUUCUGGUUCGGCACGUAUGCCGACGGCCAAGUGGCUAGCAACCAGUGCGCGGGUUGGACGAGCGCCGCAGGCUCUGAUUAUGGCAGGACGGGUGUCACCUUGAGCGCGUCGCUUGGGGACGGCGUCGUUGCAAAUUGUUAUAACGCCUUGCAUGUGUUCUGCUUGGCGUUCUGA